UGAUUUGCAAUGUAUGAAACUUGCGCGGCGGCUGGGAGAGCCGAUCCGGGGUAGGCAGGCGGGGAAGAGGAGGAGGAGGAGGAGGACGGGGAAGGAAGGGCUGGCGGCGAGGAACGGAGCGGGCGGGCAGCGCCGCUAAUCCCGGCGCCGCACGGCAGCAGGUCUGCGCUGGGAAUGCCGCUCCGCCGAGCGAGGAAGGUCACUAUCACAUGACAAAGGCUUUGAGACAGCUUCAUCUUCGUCUGUCUGUAGUUUCCACUUGCCUUCCUGGACUCCAAACCGUGACAAAGCGGAGCAAGUUAAGCCAAGCUACUGUGUGCCAAGCUACAGUUUGAAUUGAAAAGUCCUCUUCAAGGUUGUUGAAUGAUGAUCCUUGGGCAUCUUUACUGGUUUCAGUCACAGUAAUGAAAGGCAGUAGUAGGAAUAAGGAUCAUUCGACAGAAGGAGAAGGAACUGGGAAACGACCAAAAAGAAAGUGUCUUCAGUGGCAUCCCCUGCUUGCCAAGAAACUACUUGACUUUUCUGAAGAGGAGGAGGAAGAAGAGGAGGAGGAAGAUAUUGAUAAGGUGCCACUCCUUGGCGCUGAUGGUUUAGAGCAGGAUGCUGAUGAAACUGAAGACGACGAGUCCUCAGAGCAACGAGCUCGCCGACCAAUGAAUGCAUUUCUCUUGUUCUGCAAACGCCAUCGCUCUCUGGUGCGGAAAGAACACCCUCGCCUCGAUAACCGUGGCGCAACCAAGAUCUUGGCAGAUUGGUGGGCUGUUCUAGAUCCAAAAGAGAAGCAGAAAUACACUGACAUGGCCAAGGAGUACAAGGAUGCAUUUAUGAAGGCAAAUCCAGGGUACAAGUGGUGCCCCACAACAAACAAACCUGUGAAAACCCAGACAUCCACUGUUACAAGCAGGAAGAAGCUGUGGGCCUUCCCUUCAGACUCUGCGAAAGAUAUACCAAGCCCGAGGAAAGUGACAAAAAGUGAAGAAAUGCCACAGCUUAACUUUGGGAUGGCAGAUCCUACACAAAUGGGAGGCCUGAGUAUGCUGCUUUUAGCUGGGGAACAUGCCCUGACUGCACAAGAGGUUUCCUCAAAUACUUGCCAAUCUGAUGCGACUGAUUCUACAGAAGUGUGUCAGAAGUCGUCGUUGUUUCAGUUUGCAGAGAUCUCUUCAAGCACAUCACAGCCAGGAGUUCCAGGAGCUGUAAAACAAACGGAAGAGUCUGCAUUAUUUCAGUUUGCUGAGAUUUCAUCAAAUACUUCCCAACUGUCAAGUCCUGAGCCAGUAAAGCACUGUGGGAAGUCGGCACUCUUCCAGUUGGCAGAGAUUUCUUCAAGUACAUCCCAUUCAGGUCCUGAUUUAACAAAGCAGUGUGGAACAUCAGCAUUAUUUCAACUGGCAGAGAUGUGCCUUGCUUCAGAAGGGGUAAAAGUGAAAGAACCUGGGAAAAUAAAAGUGGAAGUAUCAGAAGAUGUGACAAGGGAAGUUCCUGAAAUGGAAGUGGAAGAACUGGAGAAGACAACAAUAAAAGACUCCUGUACAAGAAAAAUGGAACAAUCAGAGACAUUGAAAAACUGGGAUGAGACAAAAGCUGAGGAAUUAGAAACUGUAAAAUGCAGUGAUUUUACUAGUCUUCUAAAGGAUAGCAAUCCUUUUGAGAGAAAUGAUAACACAAAGGAUUACGUGUGCCGUUCUCCAGAGCUUUCAUUAGCUGAAAUGAGUAUCCUUGGGCUAGGCAAGCCAGAAAAGUUGAAGAAGAAGAAGAAGAAAAAUAAGUUGGACCGGCACACGAAUGAAAAAUCCACCCCUAAAAAGCCUUGUAAAAAGAGGCAGUCCUCCGAGUCGGACAUUGAGAGUGUAAUGUAUACAAUUGAAGCUGUUGCAAAAGGAGAUUGGGGUGCUGAGAGACUUGAAGAAACUCCACGCAAAAAAGCCCGCCCAUCCUCAAAUGUGAAGGGAAGCAUGUUGGAUACAAAAUCACCAAAGAAAAAAGUGAAAUCUAAAGAGAAGAAGACAUCAAAGGAGAAACCCAUGGAGACCACCAAAGAAUCGAAGCCUCCUGAUUUCCUUAGUAUUACAGCCAACAAGGAAGUACCCUGUGAGGCUUCUGAUAGCAUUAAAGUGGAACCACUGACCCCAACAGAGGAGGUGGUGCCCCAGAGCUUACCAGAACAGGUCAAAACAGAGGACAGUGACUGUGUUAAAAAAAUAGAAACCUGUGGCUCCAGGAAAUCAGAGAGAUCUUGCAAAGGUGCUCUUUAUAAAACUCUGGUGUCAGAGGGCAUGCUUACGUCUCUGCGUGCUAACGUGGACAGAGGAAAAAGAAGCUCAGGAAAAGGCAACUCCUCAGAUCAUGAAGGAUGCUGGAAUGAAGAAAACUGGGCUUUUUCCCAAAGUGGGACAAGUGGGAACAAAAAACUGAAAAGGCCUAAGCCAAAGGAAGAAUUUGUUUUUGGCUUAGCAAAGUUGGAAGAAGAAUUUGAAAAGAAAUUCAACAGCCUCCCUCAAUACAGUCCUAUUACCUUUGACAGGAAAAAUUCAUCUGUUCCAAGGAAAAAGAGAAAGGUUGGAAGCGGCUCAUCUGAACAACCAAAAUCCAACAAAGCCAUACUCUCAGAAGACAGAAAUCCCAUUGAGCUUGCCUGGAGGAAUAAAAUUUGUUUAUCUGCCCUAAACACUCCAGAGCCAGCGAUGAUGCAUGAGCCUUUAGUUGGAAGCCAGAAAAGGAAAGCGAGGAAAACUAAGAUCACUCAUCUUGUUCGAACAGCAGAUGGUCGCGUGUCACCAGCAGGAGGGACACUGGAGGAAAAGCCAAAAGAUCUUCCACAGAGCAGUCUUCAAAAAGCGUCAAGUGCAGAAAUGGAUUGCAACAGUGAAUGCUCCGGAAAUGCAGAGACACAAGAAAAUCAUAGUAUUACAUCAGAUAUGCCAGCAGUGUCUGCAUUUUUUAGCUUAGCUGCUCUGGCAGAGGUAGCAGCAAUGGAAAAUGUACACAGAAAUCAGAGGGCCACACCUCUCCCACAUGAUGGACAGCCAAAUGAAAUGUCUCAGGCUCCAGUGCUUAUUUCCUGCGCUGACCAGUGAAGCUCCACAUUAUUGUAAAACAUUGUGCUUUACCUAAUAUCCUAGCCUUGUCUUUACCAAGGGAAGCUAGUCAGUCCAUGUGAUGGAAACUAUAGACUGCAAGCAAGUGCUUAUUGCUCUGAGUGGCCCAGAAUUCACUGGAAGCCAGACAUUAGCAACUUGGGCCAGGUCUUCAAAUCGGAACCCAGUAUGUAGGAGGGUGAUAUUAUUUGUCUAUUAAUGAACAGGAAUGGAAUGAUCCCAGAGCUUGCUUUCUAUUGAAGGCUUUUAAACAGUAAAUAGGUGGUUGAUAUGAAGAAGGCUGCCUUUACUGUUAGUUCACACAGCAUCUCUUUUACCAACCAGAGAGUAUGGCAACUAGUUUCAUACAAUGCCUAGUUAAAUGAAAAUGAAAAAAUCAACAACAACAAAAACACUGACGCACUGCACUAGUUACUAUUAGAUAUUCUUAGUCAUUUUUGUACAUGAAGAUUUAAGUUCUAAGAUGGUUUAUAUUAAUAGGUUAUGCCUACGUUUAUAUUGUAGAAUGAAUAUAAAACCUGUUCCAGAGAACUCAAGGCAGCCUGGACAGAUGUACCAUUGUUAGCGGUGUUUGGGCAGCCACGUGGUCCAGAUGUUCUGCACUUUUAUAUUUGCCACCAGAGUGGUAGAGUUUACUGGCAAAAAUUCUGACAGGCUAUGUUUGGGUUUUGUUUCUUUUUAAUUUAGCUUUGAAUAACCAGGAUGAUGUGCAUUAGAAAAAGGAGUGGUGUAUGGAAAAGAAAAAUACUGCAGAGAAUUGACUUGUCUUUAAUGCCUUGGAAGGUUCCUUUAUUUUUGCAUAGAUACCUGAGUGACUUGGUGAAACUUUCCUGUAAACAAAAAGUACUGCGAAUAUGUUUUUCAAAAGUGACCUUAGUAUUAUUUCACCAUUCUGAAAGACCUAAAAGCAUGACUUUUCAAUAUACAUGUACUCUGAUAAGCAUACCUUUUACAUUUUAAAGACACUGGCAUUGUUGUAGUUACUAUGCACAGACGGCUUCAGAGUUUGUAUAAAGGGCCAAUUACAGUUUGUGUUGGUCAAGGGGAAAGUUUUAUGCAGAUAAACUACAACUGAAGAGUAAUGUUUGACUGAAUUCAGACUACCACAGAUCCACCUGCCAGCUUCUAUCUUUGCUUAUGCUGAAUUUUUGUGGUUUGCUCUCAUAAAUGCAUCCCAAAAGCCAGGCCAAUUGUAUCACUUGGCCUGCUGUCUUCACUAUUUCGACUUACACUAUUGUAUAACCAAGCAUUGAUUCCUACCAACAGAUGCAAAAUGAUCACUAGUAAUUAAACUAAAGCUACAAAUUCAACAGGGUACUUCUUCAAUAGCACAAGAUGUUUCCCUAAUUUUUGCAUUGUAGCACAACAAUUUACCAAAUUGGACUCCAGCAAUAAUUUUAUAUUAGUCUUCGUCAUACUGGCUGAAUUUUUGAUAGUAUUAGAUUGAGUUUGAAGUUCUUUGAAUUAAGUCUUUAAAUGAUGCGAGUUUACAUCAUUCUAUCAGGCAUUCUUAUUUAUACUUGACUGAAUUGAUAAUAUGUUUUGGGGUUAUUUUGUAACUAAUUUGAUGUAAUAGCCAUAUGGACAGUAACUCUAUUAAUGCUUGCUAGGUUUAGCCUUUCAUUGUUGUAGCUAAGUGAAAGUCUUUGGUUCAUUGUGGGGAAACAGUAUACCAAGAUACCACGAGAGUUGUAACAAAGGGUUAAAGGUUUGACUAGGGUAGACAGCUUGGAAAGUCUCACUAAAACAGCACCAUCAAAGAUGCAUGUGUUGGAAGAAGGGAACAACUACAAAAGAACAACAAAAUUUCAGAGCCGAUGAGUCAGUGAAAAGGCUUUUUUAAAAAUUCAGGUGAAUAUAUGACUAAGAGCCCCUCAAAUGCCAUUGUAGCCUAUGGCAGUAUUUUUUAAUAAGAUUUUAUUAAAGUUUUAUAAGUUAUUUUAACAAGACAGGAAAAGCUAAAGACUUUAAACUGUUGGGUCACAGCAAGGUGGCUGUUGGAGUUUUGGACCACUUUAUAAUUAGCUGAAAUCCAAAUAUGUUACAGUGCAGGCCGUUCACCUUGACAAUGGUACUAACUUAUUUCUCUAGAAACCUUUAGAGUAGAUAUAUUUUUGUCAAAGCACCCCAUCCUUCCUCAAUUUAAAUUUCAAUAUUGUUCCUGAAGAUAUUUCUGUAUAUUAAUGGUACCUUUUUUAAAAGAAACAGAAAAUUACUUUUUUCUAUAUGAAUUAAUAUCUUACUUGAUCUGCUUUUCCUUGACUUUCCCUUAGAGAGGGGGUAGGGUUGGGUCAGUUUACUGGAUAUGACUGUUUUCAGAUACUUAUAAACCUUUUUGUAGAUAUGCUUAAUUUUUAAGCGAUUAGGCACUGAGAGUAGCAGAAAUCCUGCAAAGCUUUAUAGUUCACUAGGCAUUUGCCUUUGUUGGUUCUCUGAGUGACGUCUUGAUUUCAGUAGCUAGAGUUUUCCCUGAAUCUACUAGAAGGGGUAUCAGUAUUUUCAGGUAACAAAGUCUGUUAGCACAACAAAAAUUUCAGACCAAUAUCUUACUGUAUUGGGGUUGGGUUUUGUUUUGGUUUUUUUUUUCCUUGUUUGUUUUGUUUUAAUUUUUAUUAAUUUCAGCUGCUUUUGUUUUGAAAAAAAUCAUAUUGCUAUUGUGUGUACUUCAGUAUACCAGCAAACACUGUUACCUGUUAACACAUUGUCCACAAAUGCCUCUAGAAAAGAAAUUGUUGCACCUUAUGUAUAUCUCAAGCAAACCAAAAUAUGAUGCUUUUCUGCUUUGUUUAUUCUGAAUAUGUUGUAUCAUACUUUACUGAACCCAUUUUAACUUAGCUAAAGCUAUCAAUAUUUAUGCAUUUCACAUUAUUUUCUGGAUCUGAACCUGUGUAUAAAUCUUUCUUUAAAAAAAAAAAAAAAAAAAAAAAAAAAAAAAGCAAUUACCUUAGUUGUUCUCUAUCACUUAUCCAUGGGAGUGGGGGAAUCGCAUCUCAAGUGUAAAAUGCAGUACUGUUUCCUUGGCUUUUAUUUAUUUAGUGAUCUUGGGUAUUUCAUAUAUAGUUUUGAGGUAUACGGAAUAUAUUGUUGUAGCCAAAGCUACAGAUGUAAGCAGCUGGGAGGAAAAUACUGUAAUGUCUUCUUAAUUAUUCUAGUACUGUAUGCAAAUAUGGGAAGAACGUUCUGCAGAACAUUUGAGAUGCAGAUUCUUAUCCCCACAGUAGGUUGUUUUCCAGAUAUUAGACCAAAUCGAUGACAAACAUCCGUGGAGAUCACUUAUUGCUCUGCUUACGGCAGUAACUACCCCUUGAAUGUGCUGUGAUUUCAGAAAUAGAGUAUAUUUAUUUAAGAUGACUGAAUGCUCUUUUAUACUAAUACAGUAUCCCAAAGUCAUGAGCAAAAGGUUUCUUGUUGAUUUGGAUUUCUCUUUUAUAGCAUUGGUGCAUGACUUUUGAAAUUAACGUGGUAAGCCUUGUUGUUGGAAAAGGGCGCAGGAACAAGGGAUAGACGGAAGCGUGUGAAUCAGUGUUCAAAUUCCAUCCCCGUGCUUUACUGUUUGGGUGAGAUCUACUUUUGUAGCGUAAGGCUGAAGAGCACUCUGCAGUCUGCACCAAGCAGAAACCCAAGAGAGUUGUAACUUGCAUCAGAAUGAGGGAAUGCCUUAUAGUUUGGAUGCUGUCAUUUGGAACAGGAUAUUAAAUUGGAGCAAUUUAAUUGCGUUGCCUGUUAGCUAUUGUACGGGUACUGGAACAGAUUGAAGGCACGGGACAGCUGAGAGAGGUUAAAAGGAAAGCUGGCCUUUGUUCUCAGUAUGGUGAAGGUGUGGCAACAAAGAGGAGUUAGGUAAAAAGAUAUAUAUGUGUGCGUGUGUGUGUACAUUCUGGAAAAAAAAACCUGUAGGAAAGACAAAAACAUAAUGGGUGUACAAGAUCUUGUAAUGUAUUUUGGUCCUUUGAGUGCACUUCCUUUUUUUGAAUGCUGAGUCUAAUAUGGCUACCUCUCCUAAAAGACUACUUUUGUUAUCUUCCAUUUGCUUUCAGGCUUGAUCGUUUAAUCUUUUCAGCCAUUGAUACCAUUUGUACAUCGCUGUACGCUUUACUUCCCAACAGCAACAUUUAUCUGACAACAUCAGGCUGAAUAUACAGUGGUAGCCAAACUGUGUUGCUGGAGCAUUUUUUGUUGAACCUCUGCCAUAGUCACAGGAGUUGCGGAUAUAGGCCCAGUAGAACGGGUUGUGUAAGAGCAGGAAUGGCUGUGCUCAUCAGGUGGUGGACUUCAGAUACUCCCAGUGGUCAUGCAGUAAGCCAAAUGCUGUUCUUGACAUUUAUUCUGGAGUUUACAUUUGCAAUCCUAAUUUCACAAGGAAACAUAACUGUGCAACUUUUGUGUUGUAUACCAUACAUUAGACACUGUUUGUUUGCCAUGCUUGUUUUCUAGAUUGUAGAGCUCUACUUCUAGAUUGUAGGUAUCUUUGCCCUGUUUUGUACUAUCUGUGGCAUUCUUCUUACCUUGUACAUAUUAUGAAACUAUCAUCUAAAGCUGCCAGAACAUUGAGUCAUUUUCAGGACACUGAGAGAUGAGAAGGAGUGCAUUUAGGCUGUGAAAGAGUUUUGGGUUGUUUUUUUUUUUUGCCUCCUCUCCUGAAUUUCCCAAUAAAAAGGCACAGAGAGAUUUAUUCUCUCACCUAACUGCUAUUAUAGUCUUUUAUAUACUCAGUAUUUUCUACUGAAUUGACAACUUCGAAGGAGCUUAUGAAGUGGAUGCACGUUUUAUGUUCCCCCACUGAUUCUUCUGAGGCAGACAUCUAGGAAGGACUGACUUGAGAUCUCCUCUCAGCAACACACCUGAGCUUCUGCCUAAAACCAUCCUUAUUUGAGGGGCAGCAUUGUAGUUUGCAGUGUGACUGUGCAGGAGCCCUGAUUAGGGGCUACUGUGCCCCUAGAAUUGAGUUUUGGCUUUUGUGAUGCUUCUGAAGGAGGCAUGUUGUUUUGACCUAGGGCCUUCAUUGACACAGAGUUUUAAAAACAAAUGCAAAUACCUUAAUGUUUGUUGAGUUCUUCCUAAGAAUUAUGUUGUAAUUUCUGGGUCUUGAUCGUUAACUUAUGCCAACAGACCCACAUUGUACUCUACUGGGAAAAAAAAACCCCACAAAAACACGUCUGCUGUCACACAGUACAGCCUAACUAACCAGGCUUCCGAAUACAGUGCUUUAACCUACUCUUUUAACGUUGUUUUUUCCACGCACUGCUACACUUUAUUCAGUCGUCUGAAGGUGACAAAGGCAAGAGGGAGAGAGAUGUGUGUCUGUGUGUGUGCUUAUACCUCCUACACACACACACACACACACACACACACACACACACACACAUUGGUAUGCAGUGGCUUGGAAGACGUUGCCUGUAUAAAAGCGUUCCAUGUUAGGUCCCAAAACAACUUGAGGUUUCUCAGACAAUGGUUUUCAAACUUUCUUGGAAGAUUUCAUUCUCUUUCCUUCACGUUACACCAUAAGGUGUAAUUUUCAAAAAGGUCUGAAAAAAAUACAGGCACUGUGAGAAUCUUCUUUCUCAGCAGUGCUUGCUUUUAAUAACCAGUCUGCAUUGACAGUUUUAACACAUCUGAUUUGCUGUGAUCUCUUUGUAGGGCCCAGUCCUUCAACUUUUAUUCUCAUACAUAAUUCCACUAAAUUUUGACCCAGUAUUUGGCUUUAUUCUCUCCAAAGCUUGGUGUAAACAUGCCUUACAAUAGUUCAUCUCCAUAAGUGGUAUAACGGAGCUACUGCCUUCUUAGAUGUGUGUAGUUAGAAGUCAAUAAGCACAUUUAUAAAAUGUACUUUCUUCAAAAACCUCUAAUUUGAUAUUAAGUGCACAUGUUAAGUCAUGUGUAUAACAUGCUAAAGUACAUUAAACUGUGAUCAAAACCUGAAUAAAAUAUUUAAUAAAAUAUUUGAAAUAUUUGAAAAGGACCGUCAAAUAGAUUUCUUUAUGUUCGUUCUAUUUUGGUUAUCUAGUGUGUGCCUGUAAACAGUUUCCCAUUUAAAACUAAUGAUUGCAAAUAAAUGCUAUUAAAACAGAGCUGCUUUGAUACUUCCCCUGCUUUACUAUUAAGUGGUUGUUUACUUCAACGUAUGGCUGACUUAGUAGAAUUUCAGAACUUGUUUUUAGCUAGAGUAUGAGUUGGUUGGCUUUUUUUUUUCCCACUUAAAAAGAAGCAAGCUCGUUUUCCACCUGAAAAUGGAAGAUGCCAAAAAACAGAGAUGGAUCCCCAAAACUGUGAGCUGUAGUUUCCCUUCAGAUCACCCAUCCAACUUCUGCACAGUGACCAUCAAAACACUGCACAUUUGCAAAGAAUCUACGCCCAUUUGUUCUUCCUUAAAGAUGUCUAUAAUGAGAGCUUUCAUUUUAUUUUUUACGAACUUCUGAGCUUGAUCAACGCUUUUGACAUUGUUGGAAAGAUCUGCAGACCCAUGCGAGUGCCACAGGAUUCAUUGAAUGUAUGUUGGCAUGAAGCUGGAGACUGCGGAUGAGGGAGAGGCAGGACUCAGUGUAGUUAAACUGGGGAAAGCCAUUUGCCCUUUCUUCUAAGCUUUCCAGGUUUCCACAGUGUGCUUCUGGAUUUUUGUCUUCACACAACUGGAAAGCUCAUUUCUAACCCACAGAAAUAAGUGAAGUCAUCUCACAUAAAGAAGCCCCUGCUACGGUUUCAGUUUCUGAACACCAGAAGAACUUCUUCACAAUGGCUUCUCUUUUAAAAGUAAAUAGCAGGCAUCAUCCAUAUUUAAAGAUCCCUACUACUUUGAAAGCUUAUUUAAACCAGUACUCUGUUCUGCCCCUGUAUUUUACCUUUUUUAUUUAGGAUUAAAAAUUAGACUUUGGGAGGUCUUGUCUUUUUUUUCUGGCCUUGGAUACCUGAAGAUUCCUUGGUUGCAUUUUUCGUAUCACGCAAGACCCAGGUACAGAAUAUAUGACACCAGUAGAAAGCAGUUGUUCACUUGCAAGCAGAGAUCUGCUUCUGGGUCAAAAGCAGCAGAAGGGAAGCUUUUACUUUUGGUGUGGGGGGGUAGGGGGGUGGUUUGGGUUUUUGGGUUUUGUGUGGUUGUUUUUUGUUUGUUUGUUUUUUCAGCUGUGUGCCACUUACUCAGGGAAGAAGAAAUGUACGCAAUCUUGCACUGCCUUUGCUGGUUACACAUCAGCUGUCUGCAAAGAAAUACCAGGAAUGAAAGAGCUUCAGAGCUAAAGGCCAUGUAAUGGUCAUAGUCGGGAAAGGGAGGGAAAAGCUCUGAUGCAGCAAGUAAAAAGCUGGAAGGAAUCUUAGAAAAUACCUUUUUUCUCAGUACAGUGUGCUCAGUCAGGGACACUGAAGUCACAAUUCCAUUUUUUUUCUUACUGAAUUACCUUAAAAUACAGUCAUCUUCAUUACUUAGACCCCCGUGUUUUUGUGUCUGCUCUCAUUUUGUUCUUCCAAGGAAACACCUGCAUAGUGCAGCCCACUCGAUGCAUCUAGACCUGGUUUGUUACCCAGCUCUCACACUGCUGCUUGCAGCUGGUUGGCAUUGCACUGACACUCUCUUAACUGUCAGGUAAGACAAAUUCCCACUGAUACUUUCAAGACAUGGGAUGGAAUGACAUCCUCCUCCUGAGGUGAUGUGCUUUACGACAUUCUCCAUUGAUUCCGUUUGUUGGGCUAUUUUCAUUGCUCAUCACAUUUUUUAAUGUGUAGUUAAUCCUGCUCUGAAGCAGACUUUUUUUUCCAUAUUUUUUGAAGUGUAAAAGCAUUAAGUGAGAUGAAAGGUUACUCAAGCAUACCGUAACUGUGAUAUAGCACAUGGAGCUGCCAGUUCUUCAGUAACAAAAUACAGGACAACAUUUCUAUAUCUGCUGCAAAGUUCUGUUUUCUUUUGUUUUCAAAAAUAAAACCUAUGAGAUACAAUGCCUACCAGCUAUUCAGUGUGAACUUCUUUUUGUGGACUGUUCUUGGCACAGAAACAGUAAGAAACUGAGCUCUAAUACAGUUGUACUUAAAAUGUGCUGAAGGUUUCAGCUAGGCUUCACUUGUUACCUACUGGCAGAAGGCAGAUCAGGUCUUCAUCAGAAGUAAUCUAACACAGGAUGUAGCUGUCUGUACUCCAGCUGAAACUGGUUGAAAAUCCAACUUGCAUAAAUCCAUACCAAAAGUUUAUUCCAUACAAAUACUACUUCAGUAUUUAUAUAUACGUACUUCAAUCUAUUUGUCUGUGAAACAAGAGGAACUCGUUGAAAUAGACCCCAAAGCCAAAUCAGUUACUGUAGGAUUUCAGGCUUACCACCAAAGUGUACUUUGCUGAAUGCAGACACCUAGUACUUUAGUCUGCAGCAUUUUGUUUAUUACUUCUGCAUGGAUAUGGAGAAGUAACACUGAGAGUGUUAGGUGCAGUCAUUGCAGUCUGUGUUUGGCUAGUUUGCUAGGUCAUCUGGGAAGAUGUUUCACAGGCACCUGUUCCCUUGCUCAAAUUCAAGCUUGUAUUUGCAUUCACUGUAUUUGUAGCCAAGUAUUUUCCUGCGAAGGGAAACCCAAAUAUCUGCAUGGCUUUUACUUACACUGACGCGUCUUCCAGCUGCACUCACUCCUUUCUGAGGUCAGAGCUGUCUGCUCAGGCAUUUCAUAACGUGAUGUGGGGGCACCUGGUGAUCUUCCUUUGCCAAGGUGUUGGUUGGCAGGAGGUCCUACAUGGUCAAGCUUCCUGGUGAUGGCAGGAAGCCAUUGGGCUCAGGUCAGAUCCUUCUGGUACUCAGUCAUGUUCCUUCCAAGCCCUUUGUGAGUGCUCUUAGCACCUAGUCAGCACCUGGAGUUAGGACUGGUGUUUUGCCUGCAGGCUUUCCAUGUGUGAAGAACAGUUCCUUGAUGUCUUCAUGGCUGGGUUCUUAAAAUGAUUCUGCUGUGAGAGGUCUUACAGCUUAGCAGCAUGUUGCCAGAAGUUUCAAGGCCUGGUACCUCAGGUACUAAACAAUACCAGGGGAUUUCUGCUCUAGAUGGGACCUCCUAAGUAAAAAUGAAACAAACCUAGCUGGAACCAGAUGAAGUCAGGACUUCAUGAGCAUCCAGGUGCUUACAAGCACCUUUGAGUUUGUGGAUCGCAGGCUUGGUGUCCUUGGUUACAGCAGCCGUGUAAAUUGCCAGCAGGUCAUCACAACAAUGUUAGUUUUCAUCUUGGUUUGGGGAGCACUGUUUUCUAUUGGAAGUGAGGAGGCAGAAAAAUCAUCACAGCAGAUGAAGCAUUUCAUUGUCUUCAAAAAGUUCAACUUUCAAAAGCAGGGUUUGCCAAACAUUAGGAAAAAAUUAAGAAAGAAAAAGAUGAGAAAUUGAAGUUCAAGUCCUUGGUUGGGAAUGGAUACCAUGUUUUGUUUCAGUCACCGCAGCAGUAAUUUCUCUGUCAGUAGUGUGUGAGCUGUGUGAGGUGUGCUGCAGUUCGGAAGCAUUCCAUCAGAUGUCAGGUGCAUUCGGCACGUGGCAAAAGUGUCAUUAAUAACAGCUGCUUCUGUGCAUGUAUUUCGUAACAAUAUGAAGUGUCAGCCAUUGGUUUUAUCUGUACUUAAGCAAAUUGUUUGUGCUGGGCUUCCAGGAAAUAAGAAAGUAAUGGUAUUGGGUUUGGGCAAUUCUCAUGCUGGAAUGCACAGCAGUGAAGGAAUUUCUUAGGAGUGAAGGGCUGCUAGAGGAUGCCUUAUAGAAACACUAUAGCUCAGAUAUAUUUAUACAGGAAGUGUGAUUACAGAUCUCUGAGCCAGGCUGUCUGUUGGCAUUUAUCAGUACAGGUUCACCAUCUAAUUGUGCUGACUAGCAUGGGGGAAGCAGAGCCUACUAUUUAAGCAUGGGGCCAGCUGUAUUUAAAGCCAGUUUGAUUCCUCAAGUCUUGCAUGUUGUCACUGGUACCACGUGCCCUGGUCAUAGAAGAGCUUAGUUGCAUAGUCACAGACUGAUAAGCUGCAGCUAAUUUAAAAAAGAAAAAAAUUACUGCAUUCUAGCAAUUCUGUGGUUGGCAGCUAAAAGUGGCCACCAGGGAUUUAAAAGCAUCUUUAAUAAUGAGGCAGAAAUGCAUUCUUAAAUAACAAUUCAGAGAAUUCAGAAAAUAUUCCCAAGUGCUUUGCAGGAUCAGUCAUGUUUUAUUAUUUUUUACUUAAAAAUGUAAAAUAAAACUAAAAAAAAAAAAAAAGACCACCGAAAACCAAUUAAGUCAACAACCUUCAUGCCAGUGCAUAGUGCUGGAUGUCCUUGCUCAGACAGCACACGUUGCCUUGAAUCCAAGUGGAAACCUCUUGGCUUUGUCGAAUCCACUGUCCAACUGAAAUCUAUUUUAUAUUUGCUGGAAGAAAAUCUCAUGUAAUGCGUGGGUUUGUUUACCUCGCUGGAAGUUGGACAUGUUGAGCUUCGCUUACGAAUUUCUCACCUUCCUUCUCAGUCAUCUCGAGUUUCCUCCCUUUCCUCGCACGGCUUACUACUUUGACUGACAUCAAUUCCAAACUUCCCACUCAUUUUCAGUGGGAUGGGAGCAGUACCGGACCAUCCUGAGCUACUUCACAGCUCUGAAAAAUAUGGAAAGAGCAUUCUUUACUUCAUAAUGCUUUUAACAGCAACGUUUCCUGGCCGUGGCUGGACAGCAGAUGCAGCUUUUGCAGAGAGAGAAGCACAGGGCAAUGGGAUCUGCCAGCAAUGCCAGCAAAGCAGCGGAGCUUUCCCUCCAGCCUGGCUUUCUGUAGAAGAGCCAGAGAGCACCAGUUCCAGGAACCCAGCAGUUCUUUGAAAUACAAUCAACUAAUUCCUUCUCUCAGCAGUUUGUUAUUGAAAAAAGCUUCACAGUUGAAGAGGAUUUGGCCUGCCUUAUUUUUAAUGUGUGGCUUGUAACAGCAACUAAUGUGGGAGUAGCAUGCUGACUGUCUUUAAAAACAAAGCAGAACUUCAGUGCUGCCUAUUAGACCUACACUGUUGGUGUUAAUCCAUACAAAGCCUUAACUUGGAAAAUAAAUCUUGGCACAUCUCUGAAUUUCUUCCUUGGAGGAAAAAAAAAGGAAAGUUCCCAAACAUUUAAAUUUUAUUUCUCUGUAAUUAUUGAGGAAAUCCUCAGCUCAAAUAAGGCAACAGGAGAAUGAGAGCACCGUGGCAAUUACACUGGCAAACUUCAGAAUGUGUUGAAUCAGGCUUCCAGACAAAGAAGACAAACGGACCCCAUAAACACCAUUGCAGGAAACAGCACCAACAAGUCAUGUCUCAGUAACAGCUAAGCCCUUCCAUACAAGUCUGCUCUGUUAGUCUGCAGAUCUUGUCAGGCAGUAACAUGUUUUUUGAUCUCUAUGCCUUUCUCCUUCUGUUUGAAGUCUAACCUGGUGGCUUUGCUUGUGUCGGCUGAGCAGAUUCUCUGUGGUUGUUAGGGUCUCAGGUUGAAAAUGUUUUAAAAACUGCAGCUGGGAGUGUAGUAGUGACGUGGCUGAACACCACCAGCCUGGUGAGUACCAACUGCUGAUGAAUGCACAAGGGAUCCUCCUUUGGGUGCGGGCUGGCUGCAUUGGUGCCAGACACUUGGGGGUGCAGCCUCAGCCAUGUGCUUGAAAAAGUGCUGGUGGUGGUGGUGGUGGCAUAUGGAGCCCUUGGGCACUUGUUGUGCAGCUGAUGCAAAGACAUUUUUUAUUCUUUUAUUAUUGCUACUGGGCAUUGAUUUAACCAGGGAGCAUUACAUCAGGAAGGAUGGCACUGACUUGCAUUGCUAAAUGUGUCUCUAUAGAUGGUCUUUUCUCACCCACGUGAACCUUAAAAAAACAGAACCGGCAUGCAGACAAGCCCAUAGGAAAAGCCAGCAUUUCCGUACAUCAGAUUCUGCUUGUGCCACUUGUGUUUCUAUGGUGAAGGCAGGUUCACAAGCUGUUAAAAUAGCUGUUCACUCCAGAAGUGGCAAACAGAUGGAUUCCCACAGCUGGUCGUAGGUGAGCAGCAGCCUGGUGCUGCCUCUGCUCUUAUUUGUUUCCUUCAUCUUUGGAAGUUGAUUGCUCUUGAUGCCACUGUAAUACUUCCAUCACCAGCUGAGAGCGACUCACUUAUGUGAGGUCACCUCUCCGGGCAAUUGUAAUAUGUGAAAAAAAAUACCACAAAUCAUCUACACGGUAAUGCUGGCAUUUCCUAACGAUGUCUCACCUCAAAGUUUGUGAGUAUCUGUUUACAAUAUCCUGGGGUACUCGUUUUCCUUUUUUUUUCUUUUGAAGCAAAGUCAUAUUUUUUCUAGAUUAAUUAAUUUUUAAUGCUGCUUGUAGCAAGUUUAAAAGCAGCUGCUCUUGGGGUGGCCAACCCCUGCAAGCUUUAGGCAAGAACCUGACUAGCCUAUCAGUGUUGUGUUUUCUUUCUCUUGCUCGUUAUCAACUUGAUAGCAGUUUGGCCAACUGCACAAACUAUCCCAGGACAGGUUAAGCUGCUCCUGCCUGAAAGAUGGUUGUGGAAUCCACCCUUACUUCCACAGUGCCCGUGUACAUAAUUUUAGGAGAUAGAGAUGUAUAAAAAGACUGCAUCUUCAGAAGAUGCUAGAUAAGUGUGUUGGUUUUUGUGACAUUAAAGGUAACGACUGGAUAAGAUCUGAGGUGAGAUUUGUCACAGAGUGCCAGCCCAGCAUGAUCACUAGCCACAGGACUGCCACAGGCCUUCAAAAACCUCUUAUCCUGAAUGGUUUGUCAGGUUGUCCGUUAAUAGCCAUACCAGAGAGGUUCAAAGCAACCUUUCUCCCAGCGCUGUGUUUUCUAUCUAAGCAGUUGCCUUCAAUUCGUUUUUAUAGAGUUCUGGCAGUAAAGACAAAACAAAAGCAAACCUGUCAGCUUUUUCCUCAGUACAUUUGUGUGGAUGCUACAAAUCAGUCCUUAAAGCCAUACUAUGUGAGGUGGAACCCAAACAAGGAAAACACCCAUCUCACGCGUCAGUGCUCUCGUUCAGCUGUGCUGUGACACUGGUAAAUGCCAGAACAUGCCAGCGUCUUCGGGCCAUCCUCUCAUGGCCACCACCAGGCUGAGCAGUGGGCAUUUUGCUGGGUCUUCAGCGGGGUCCCAGCAACCAGCCUCGUGUCCAGCCUUGGGUCCUACCUGGCCUCUCAAUAGGAUGCCUCUUCCACACAGUGCCCCAAAUGCUGGAUGAAGGCCAUGGCCGCAUUCAGCCUGCUUUCUGAUCUGCCCAGGUCUAGUUUCCCCACUCUUCGUCUACACAGCAGCGGGGCAGGAAAGCCAUCACAGCACUACAGCCUUCCGCAGCAUCUGGUCUGCUCUGUGCUGCCAAUGAUGCUAUCGCUGGUUCUACUAGCUUAAGAAGAAAGGGCAGCAAGAUGCAGGUCCUGCUGGAGGCAUGAUGUGACCAUCAGUUGCUGCCCCCUGGUCACGCUGUGUACAGUGGGACAGACCCGGGCACUGACAUCCAGGCCAAGAAGGAAGAAAAUCAGAGGCUGGGUGCUGCAUCCAAGUUCUACAUUAAGUGAAACUGUGGUAGGGUGCAGACUGGAGGACCAGAGAAACUGAGUCCUUGUUCACUUGCUCCAGGUUGUGUCUGGCCCUGAUACAGGCAUGCAUGUUGUGAGGAGUAUGUGUGGGUGCAGGACCCAAGACUAUUUGACUGUAGUAAAAGCCUUUGAAAAGAUCCAGUGUGGGUGCCCACCGGCCAUGGGCUGACGUUUGAAGGACAAUAUUUCCACAGACACCUUCUGCAGUAGCUGACAGCAUCAGCACAUUAAGUGAUAAAGAAUCUGUUGGCUUAAAGAAGAGAAAGCACACCAGACAGAGCAGUUCAUAAGAUGUGAUUCACAGCUUGUGAGUCAGACAAAUGGCUUUAUAUAGGAGGAAAUUAUGUGUGCAGAAGGAAUUGGCUGAUUUUCUCAGCCCUGGCAGGGAUCGUGGUGUGCCGAGAAUCUUUGGUUCCCAGUUUCACAUAUGAACUAUUAAAUAUGGUGGGUGCCUGUCAAGCUUUGUUAUAGUUGCAAAUUGUGCACCAUGUCAGCAGUCUUUGGCUUUCACUAUCAACAUAAUCCUCAGCGAUGCAUGAAGUCUUUCUGUUUGGCUUCAAUGGCCCUGUAAUCCCUCAUCCUUCUAUGGGAUUCCUAAUACUGCUCUGCAGCUCCACCAGGGUAAGCCAAACUGGGAUGCAGGAAGGUCAAAAGUGGCAGCUAAGGCUGUUGAUUGCGGGAGAUCAACUUGGGCACUGCUAUUCACCUUUCUCCUCAGCAGUCAAAGAACCAGCAACAGCUAGUGAAGGUGAAGCUUCAGUUGGUUUUAAACCCAAUGCAAGAACUUCUCUUUCAAAAUCUGCCUGUUUUUUCCCUUUCCAGCACAGCAGGGUGCUGCUUGCAUUUUCCCUGCUGCUGAGUGUGAGUCCCAUAGAGCUGAAUAGAAGUUACAGCACUGACAGCAAGCACCGACUUUGCAGUUGCUUGUUGAGGUACCAGAUCUCCCUUCCCUGAUGCUGACACCUCCAUCUGCCUUAUGCCAAGCACAGAGGAAGGUCCAGACACUUAAAUAAGACAUGGCGAUGCUCUCUGUGAUGAUGCAGGAACUGGGAUAAUUGAGUUUUCAGCAGAUCCCCUUCAUAGUGGGUUUACCUGCAUAGGCAGAAGAGCUGAAGUCCUGCAUGGUAAUGGUCAGUGCCUCGCUUUUGGGUACUCCUGUCUUCUCACAGCACAUCCCUACAUGCUCAGCCUUGGUGCUCGGCGGGAUGCAGAGGGCACCUGCUGCUGCUGUCAUAGCUGAGAUUGCUUCUGAAAGGCAUGGUGCAAUAGCAGUCAGGGAUUUUAUAGCUCUGUUCUUUUGUAACCCAAUGCUAAGGCUAAUACUGAGCUCAGCAAGGAUGUGGUUGCCUGGCACAACGCUGAUUUUAAUGUUAGGUAUGUUUUUAAAUACAAACAACCCUUCAUUUUGUAAUACUGCAAAUGCAUCUUGCUCCGUCUGGAAAUCCAUCUUUAAAAGCAGGCAUGGUUAUGCUCCAUCAGCAAAAUGUCAUGCAUACUAUGGAAAACAGUUUGUGUAUUGCCACACUGUUAUUGGCGUACUCCAUGCAAAGCCAUCUCCUUGAAAUUAGGGUGAUGUGUGAGGCAGUGAGGAAUCCAGCUGUCAUCGCUGGGUUGGGAAGAGGCCUUUAGAAUCACUUUGGGUGUAGGGUCUGCUGGUGGUCUUCCUUGGGUGGAUGGAAUUGGCCCCAUUUGGAGGAACAUCAGGGGGUUGGCAGGGGAAAGAUCUUGUAUGGGAAAUGUUCUUUCAGAUUAAGCAACAAAACUCUGCAUGCACAUACAGACUAGGUCUUCAUAAUGCAGUCAGGCUCUGACAGCGUAUUGCAGCAUUAUUGCUAUUAAUAAUCUAUGAUUACUAACAACAUUAUAAUCGAGCAAACUUAGUGGUAAGAAGGUAAAUAGCAAUCUGGAUGACUGAAGGCAUUGCCAUCACUGGGGAUGGCAACUGUGGCAUUAGAAGAAAAUGCUGAGGGAAGAUACCGGUUGCUGAUACACGAGCUUGGGUCUGCUAGUCUUUUAUAUACCAUUUUUAAUAUACUUCCUGAAAAUGAAGCUUCAGAAAGGUACACUGCCUCUUUAAAAUUAGCCUAGGAACUACAGGUAGUUCACAUUAUUUUUAAAAUAAUAAAUCUCUCUAUAUAUCUAUAUUAAAAUAUAUAUGUAUACAUAAGUUGGCUGGCCUGCCUUGUGGGAAGGUGGCAGCCGAACUAAGUCUGAGCUACUAUUGUAUUACCAUGGUCUUCUGUUUUGUAGAUAGCCCCUCCUCCCUAGAUGAAGUUCUGUUCUUGCUCCACAGAAGGUGCCUGUGUAUAUAACUCCUUUGUAUUGCUUUCUGCAGAGUCCCUUAUAUAUUUCUUACUACUAAUGCUGUGUAGAAAAUGAAAUCCAGAGAUUUUACUACUGAUAAUUAACCAUCUAAAGGCCAUUAGCAAAAUAAAGAUUUCGUUGUUUGGGAAACAGAUUAUUUAUAUUGUGUAUGGUUUAUUGCCUGAUAACUUGUUUGGUGACUGGAUAUUCUUUUCCUUUUCCUGGUCCUUUUCUGCUUUUUCCAGCUAUGGUGUUUACUCCUCACUUUGAUUAUCUAGCAGGCAAUAAAGUAUAUUGUAUGUUUUGAAGCCAA